AUGAACGCCGUGACCGCCGCGACCUGCUUUCUUGUGGCCGGCCUCGGCUGCUUCAUGUACGGCCGCGAUGUUUUACUGUGGUCGCUCCGUGUCUCCUUGUCAGAGCCGUCCUCCAUGCCCGAGCCGGGGGCUGCUCCGAGACGGAGCCCGCAAGGAGUUCCUUAUACAGACCUGGAGCACAUCGUCAACGCCGAUGGACUGCACCUGUUUUGCCGCUACUGGAAGCCAGUCGGCCCGCCAAGGGCGCUGGUGUUCAUUGCCCACGGGGCCGGGGAGCAUUGUGGGCCAUAUGACGAAAUUGCACAGAGACUGAAGGAACUGUCCCUGCUGGUCUUUGCACAUGACCAUGUUGGCCAUGGUCAGAGUGAAGGAGACAGAAUGAACAUAAAGGACUUCCAGAUAUACAUCCGAGACACGCUACAACAUAUCGACCUGAUGACGUCUCGCCAUCCCGACCUGCCUGUCUUUAUCGUGGGCCAUUCAAUGGGUGGCGCUAUAUCCAUCCUCACAGCCUGCGAGAGGCCUUCUGAUUUUACUGGAGUUGUUCUGAUUGGUCCAAUGGUCCAGAUGAACCCUGAUUCAGCCACACCGUUCAAGGUUUUCCUGGCCAAGGUCUUGAAUCACAUGCUGCCAAAUUUAACUCUGGGCUCUAUUGAGUCCAAAUGGGUGUCACGGGACAAGAAGCAGAUUGAGGCUUACGAGGCCGACGAGCUGAACUUUCAUGGAGGGCUGCGCGUGUCGUUUGGCAUCCAGUUAAUGGGGGCGGCGGCUCGCAUUGAGAGGGAGAUUCCAUCCAUUAGCUGGCCCUUCCUUCUCCUGCACGGUGAUGCUGACAAGCUCUGCGACAUCCGAGGCUCCAAAAUGAUGUUUGAUAAGGCUCCCAGCUCAGACAAGAAACUCAAGGUCUACGAGGGAGGCUAUCAUUCCCUUCAUCAUGACUUGCCAGAGGUGUCAGAGUCUGUGCUGAACGAGGUGACCGGCUGGAUUACAGAGCGCAUUCCCAACACCACAUUGCCAUCACCAAAAGGCUCUUAA